AUGGCGGUCAACAGGCUACGCAAUGCGUUGUCGACGCCUCGCAAAGGCGAGACACAUGAGCUACGAUCAGGCCUGGUCUCACAAUAUGCCUGGGAGCGGAAGGAGUCCAUUCAGAAGACCAUCAUGGCCAUGACACUAGGGAAGGACGUCUCAGUACUGUUUCCCGACGUCCUCAAGAACAUCGCGACCCCCGAUCUCGACCAGAAGAAGCUGGUCUACCUCUACCUCAUGAACUACGCAAAGUCACAUCCAGACCUGUGUAUAUUAGCGGUGAACACUUUCGUGCAAGACUCAGAAGACCCGAACCCACUGAUAAGAGCGUUGGCGAUACGAACGAUGGGCUGCAUACGAGUGGAAAAGAUGGUGGACUACAUGGAGGAGCCGUUAAGGAAGACAUUGAAGGAUGAGUCGCCCUACGUGCGGAAGACUGCUUCGUUGUGUGUUGCGAAGCUGUUCGAUCUCAACCCGGCCCUUUGCAUCGAGAAUGGGUUUGUGGAGACUCUGCAGGAGAUGAUUGGGGACUCAAAUCCGAUGGUGGUUGCGAACUCGGUGACGGCGCUUUCAGAGAUCAGCGAGGCCGCGCCCGAAACAAGAGCUCUGGUUGUGACGAGUCAGACCCUCAAGAAGAUGCUGUUGGCGUUGAACGAGUGCACAGAAUGGGGGCGGAUAACUCUUCUCACGACCCUAGCCGACUAUCGGCCCUCCGACACCAAGGAAGCAGAGAACAUUUGCGAACGAGUCAGCCCACAGUUCCAGCACGUCAAUCCUUCAGUCGUGCUGGCUGCUGUGAAGACCGUCUUCCUACACAUGCAGCACAUUGAUAACGUACAACUCCACGCCACCUACUCGAAGAAGAUGGCGCCUCCACUGGUUACCCUGGUCUCCUCGCAACCGGAAGUGCAAUACGUUGCGCUACGAAACAUCGACCUACUAUUGCAGAAGCAGUCGAACAUUCUUGACAAGGAGAUGCGAGUGUUCUUCUGCAAGUACAACGACCCGCCAUAUCUGAAGUUGGCCAAGCUCGAAAUCAUGGUGCGGAUAGCCAACUCCUCCAACUUCGACCAGCUGCUGGCGGAGCUGAAAGAGUACUCGAUGGAAGUCGAUAUGGACUUCGUCCGGAAAGCGGUGCGUGCCAUUGGCCAGGUAGCGAUCAAGAUCGAGGAGUCGGCGGAGAAGGCGGUCAAUGUAUUGUUGGAGUUGAUCAACACAAAGGUGGGCUACGUUGUGCAGGAGGUGAUUGUGGUGAUCAAGGACAUCUUUCGGAAGUACCCUGGAUACGAGGGCAUCAUCCCGACGUUGUGUUCGUGCAUUGAUGAUCUGGAUGAGCCGAAUGCAAGAGGCAGCUUGAUCUGGAUUGUCGGCGAGUACGCGGAGAAGAUCUCAAACGCUGGAGAGAUCCUUGCUGGGUUUGUAGACGGCUUUAAUGAGGAGUUCACACAGACCCAACUACAAAUCCUCACAGCUGUGGUCAAGCUGUUCCUCAAGAAGCCAGAUCAGUCCCAAGGUCUGGUGCAGAAAGUCCUCCAAGCCGCAACAGCAGAAAACGACAACCCGGACAUCCGCGAUCGAGCAUACGUCUACUGGCGACUUUUGUCUUCGGACCCGCAAAUCGCAAAGAACAUCGUCCUCUCCGCCCGACCCCAGAUCACUUCAACAAUACCUGUCCUACCUGGCCCACUCCUCGAUUCUCUACUACCCAAUCUCUCAACACUUGCGUCCGUGUACCACAAGCCUCCAGCGACCUUCAUUGGCGGCGGCCGGAGUUCAGCCCUCCAAGCAGCCGCCAUCGAGGAAGCGAAGCAGAACGCUCGCGAGAACCCCAUCGCCGCUGCAGCCGUCUCGGCCGCCAUCGCCGGCGGCCCAGCACCACAAGCUCAAACAAACGCAGAGAACCUCCUCGACAUUGACUUUGACGGCGCCGCUCCCGCCUCCAUGCAAAAAGCGCCAAUUGCUGGCGCAUCUGGUCUUGAAGGUCUGGCAGGGACGCCGCAACGGGUUCAGAGUCCAUCAAGUGCCGCUGGCGGCGGUAUGGAAGAUCUCAUGGGCAUGUUUGGAAACACGAACGGCGCAGCAGCGGGACAGAUGAAUGGGAAUGCGAGUAAUGACUUGAUGAAUGGGUUCGCGAACAUGGAUAUGAAUGGCGGGCAGCCUCCGCCGCCGCAGAAUCAGAUGGAUGGGAAUGGGAAUAAGCAGACGAAGGAGGAUUUGUUGGGCCUGUUCUAA